CAAUCAUCUUCCUUCAUAUCGUAUCGUGUUGGAGAGUUGCAGCGUCUGGUGCCUGCACUACUGGUAGUGCUUGCGAAGGCAAACAUGGUGGGAUUGCCGGAAACCGAUGGACCAGGAGAGAUCCUGUCCGACGCCUGGGACUACAAGGGCCGCCCUGCAAUCCGUUCCCGGAGCGGCGGCUGGACCAGUGCUGCCAUGAUCCUAGUGGUGGAGCUGAACGAGAGGUUGACGACGCUGGGCAUCGCGGUGAACCUGGUGACGUACUUGAGGGGCACCAUGCACCUGGGCACUGCCGUCUCCGCUAACACCGUCACCAACUUCAUGGGCACCUCCUUCAUGCUCUGCCUCCUCGGCGGCUUCAUUGCGGACACCUUCCUCGGCCGCUACCUCACCAUCGCCAUCUUCGCCGCCGUCCAAGCUUCCGGAGUGACGAUCCUGACCAUCUCGACCGUUGUGCGGGGGCUGCGCCCGCCUGCAUGCUCCGACCUGGCCGCCGGAGGCUGCGUCAAGGCCUCCGGGACGCAGCUGGCGGUGCUUUACCUGGCGCUUUACCUGACGGCGCUCGGCACCGGGGGGCUCAAAUCGAGCGUGUCCGGGUUCGGGUCGGACCAGUUCGACGAGACCAACCGCAGGGAGAAGGUGCAGAUGAUGAAGUUCUUCAACUGGUUCUUCUUCUUCAUCAGCCUCGGCUCGCUGGUCGCCGUGACGGUGCUGGUGUACAUCCAGGACAACCUGGGCCGGCAGUGGGGGUACGGGCUGUGUGCCGCGGCCAUCGGCCUAGGGCUUGUCCUCUUCCUGUCCGGGACCAGGAGGUACAGGUUCAAGAAGCUGGUGGGGAGCCCUCUGACGCAGAUAGCGGCCGUGAUGGUGGCGGCGUGGAGGAAGAGAGGCCUGGAGUUGCCGUCCGAUCCUUCGGUGCUGCAUGACAUCGACGAGAAGCAGACGGCAGCGCCGGGAGCGGAGAAGGGAUCAAAGAAGAGCAGCGCAAAGCAGAGGCUGCCUCGCACCAAGCAGUUCCGCUGCCUGGAUAGGGCAGCGAUCGACGUCAACCUUUCGACGGCGAAGCCCACCAAGUGGCAGCUCGCGACCCUGACGGAUGUGGAGGAAGUGAAGAUAGUGAUCCGGAUGCUCCCCAUUUGGGCCACCACCAUCAUGUUCUGGACCGUGUACGCCCAGAUGACCACCUUCUCCGUGUCACAAGCCACCACCAUGGACCGCCGCAUCGGCCGCUCAUUCCGGAUCCCGCCAGGCUCCCUCACCGUCUUCUUCGUCGGCUCCAUCCUCCUCACCGUGCCUGUCUACGACCGCGUCGUCGUCCCCGUCACCCGCCGCUUCACCGGAAACCCCCACGGUCUCACCUCACUGCAGCGCAUGGGGGUCGGCCUCGUGAUGUCCAUCCUGGCCAUGGUCGCCGCCGCCCUCAUCGAGAUCAAGCGCCUCCGGGUGGCGCGAGCGAACCCGGCGUCGAUGGAGAAGGGUGCCACCGUCCCCGUGAGCGUCUUCUGGCUUGUCCCGCAGUUCUUCCUCGUGGGGUCCGGCGAGGCCUUCACGUACAUCGGCCAGCUCGACUUCUUCUUGAGGGAGUGCCCCAAGGGGAUGAAGACCAUGAGCACCGGGCUGUUCCUGAGCACACUGUCGCUGGGCUUCUUCGUCAGCUCCGUGCUGGUGUCGGUGGUGCACAAGGUGACGGGGGAGAGCGGCCACGGUGGCUGGCUCACCGACAACCUCAACCGCGGCAAGCUCUACAACUUCUACUGGCUAGUCGCGGUGCUGGGCUCCGUGAACCUGGUGCUCUAUCUGGUAGCGGCCAAGUGGUACGUGUACAAGGAGCAGCGAGCGGUGGUGGACGACGACAGCAUGGCCGGGGUGGAGCUGACAGAGGAAGCGUGUUGCCAUGCAUGAGAUGUAUUACAGCAUGAAACUUAUGUAGUUGCUAUUGCAAGUGAUCCAACGCUACUCUUCUUAUGCUC